GACACACAAACAACGAAUACUACUCUCAGUACACCUGUCUCUACUUAAGCCCAAUGUGAAACCAGCCCAGCUGCAUGUUAAAGGUUCAUUACUCUAAACGGGUUCUCAUUGCGUCCGUUAGCCGACCUGUGCUUCAGUAUUACCGGGCUCCUCCUAGAGCUCCGAGCACGGAAUUCAUCAAUUAAUCGCUCCUCGUUAAUCUGUUACUCAAAGAUGCCACUUACCGUGCCACCAAGGUCAUCUGCAAGCUGUGCUAAGAUGCAGACCAAACUGAGCGCCUGGACUCCUCUGAACCACCCACCGUCCAACAGCAAGGUGUUUGAAGAGAGGCGAAACCUUCUGGCAAAGUGGUUUGACAGGUGGUCCGACAGCCAGAGGAAGGCGGUGCUGCAGGACUUUGUGCUGAACUGUUCUGUGGAGCAGCUGACCUUCCUGAGCCUCAGUGUGAGCAGACGACUCCCCCUGCAGGCUGCAGACUUCACCUGCCUGCUGCCCAGAGCCCUCUGCCUCUACCUCUUCUCCUUCCUGGACCCACGCAGCCUCUGUCGGUGCGCCCAGGUGAGCUGGCACUGGAGGAGCAUAGUGGAACUGGACCAGCUGUGGAUGCCAAAGUGUGUGAGGCUGGGCUGGUGCAUCAACUUCUCCCCCAGCCCACUGGAGCAGGACGUCUGGAAGAGACACUACAUCCAGACUGUGCUGGAGCUGCAACUCACCUCGCUGCAGGCCGCCUCAUCCCAGCAGCAGUUUGUGGUUCCACACGUAUCAGCCAUCAGCAAUAAACAUGAAGAUCCGUCAGAACUGGCCUUCAUCAGCGAGGAGCGUUCAGCCUCCACCAGCCAGCCACCAGGAAACAUUUCCAGGACGGGGUUCAGAAAAGAGAGUAAGCCGGCUGCACCACCACCAUGGAGAGACUCUGACAGACAGCCUAAAGACACACUACGCUUCAACUACUUGGACAACCUGGACCCCACUGAGCAAGCUCUCACAGCGCAGGUGAAUAGCAGAGCCUCCACCUGCCGCGGCGACACAUGGAAGCCAGGCGGCGGCAGCCAGAAAACACUGUCUGAGGCGCAUUACAAACUACGCAAAGCCAAAUCGCUGAUGUUCCUAAUCUCCAACUGCAGAACCCAACAUCCACCUCCUCCUCUUCCUCUUCCUCAUCAUCGUGAGACCCAAUCUCGACCCUCUUGGGCGGCUCACAGUCAGGACCACCCCGUCACCAGGGAGACCGCCCAGAGCAUGCUGCGCCUGACCCAGUGGAACGCUGGGAUCCGUCCUGGGCCGGUGAGGUCGGCGGUGCCCCGGCUGAGCGUGGAGGCGCUCAGGGCGUCCCAGCGCUCACACCGGAGCGCUCCCAGUAAGGCAACCACAGCUCCUCCACUCCUCUGGGCUCAGUAUGAUGUAACCACGCAGCAAGAAGCUUAUUCAGGACAAAUUAUGACUGAUUCUGCAAGAAAGUCGCAGACUGUGUGCAGAUUGUGACCCUGUUAGAAAUGCUUUAUGUCUCGUUACCAGUGGAGCUAAAUUAUUGAUUCUGAACUCUUUUUUUAAGGCAAAGCAUUAAAAUAAAUUUAGACUGCAUCUAAUUAAAGGUAGGGUUGCUAAAGAUUUACGAUUUUUUUUUUGACAGCAAUCACUAAAUCAAGUGCUCUGACACUAGGGCUGUCAAAGUUAAAGCGAUAAUAACGUGUUAACACAAAUUAGUUUUAACGCCUAGAGCUGAAGCUAGAGUGAGGAUACUGGUAUCAUAUAAAACUAUAA